AUGCGUAUUCUGCCGUCCUUGCUUGGCGCAUGCCUUUUCACAGGCUUCUCCUCUGCUGAGAAGAAGUCCUCUGAACAACGAUUCAACGAGUUACACAAGCUCUCGAAAAGCUCACCUUCUCUCCAGCUGAAGGAAACCUCGUACAAGUCAUUGACGUCGUCUCCUCGGGACUACAGCGCGGCUGUUCUUCUCACGGCUCUUGACCCACGGUUCGGUUGCCAGCUAUGCCGUGAAUUUCAACCAGAAUGGGACUUGUUAGCCAGGAGUUGGCUGAAAGGCGACAAGGCUGGAGAGGCAAGGCUUCUGUUUGGUUCCUUGGAUUUUGAAAAGGGUAAAGAUGUUUUUGCAUCGCUUGGUCUUCAAACUGCCCCUGUCGUGAUGCUGUUCCCGCCAACCGAAGGCCCACACGCGGCGUCCUCUCCUGAGCCGAUUCGAUACGACUUUACAACUGGUGGUGUUGGUGCCGAGAGCAUUCAUGCUUGGAUUUCACGACACAUGGCCGGCCGACCGACGCCCCCGGUGCAGCGACCCUUUAACUACAUGCGCUGGGCGACUGGAGCGACGAUCUUGCUCGGAGUCGGAACGGCAUUGGCUACUGCUUCGCCCUUUAUCCUGCCGAUUAUCCAGAACCGUAACAUUUGGGCCUCCAUCAGCCUAGUGUCUGUUCUCCUCUUCACCAGCGGUCACAUGUUUAACCAUAUUCGCAAGGUGCCGUACAUCGCCGGAGACGGCAAGGGUGGAAUCUCGUACUUUGCUGGUGGGUUCCAGAAUCAAUUCGGUCUUGAGACGCAAAUUGUUGCAGCCAUCUACGGCCUGCUCUCUUUCUGCACUAUUACUCUUGCCGUCAAGGUGCCGCGCAUGACUGAUGCCAAAACCCAGCAGGCUACGGUGUUUAUAUGGGGUGCAGUUUUAUUCCUCAUGUAUAGCUUCUUGCUGAGCGUCUUCCGCUUCAAGAACGCAGGUUACCCAUUCUCCCUACCCCCUUUUAUGUGA